UUCAGUUGCAUGGCAGUAACUCAGUAAGAUGGGCAGCGAGAAGUCGCGUUUUUCCCGUGAAAACUGAAUAGUGCUAAAAAGUCGAUUUAUUGUGCGAUUGUGUGGAAGAAAAUUGUGCAAUCACCGCCCCAGAUAGUGUGGAUACAGUGAAAAUUGGAAUAAUCCCCGGAAACGAGACAGACUGCGACACAAGCGUGUCAUCAAAUACAACCAACCAAGAUACUCAAGGAAUCAACGCACAAAAAAAAGUCUCUUCGACGGGAGAGCGAGUGAGACUUAAAAAAAAACAUAGUUUCAGGAGAUAGAGAAAAAUUGUAAUCACAGCGGGUGGUUAAUUAAGGAGAUCAUAGUGAAUUCUCUGGUGUUGUGAGAACAAAAAAAAAUACCACAGCAUUAAAAAUGGCUUUCGCAGGACUUAAGAAACAAAUUAACAAGGCGAAUCAGUAUGUGACGGAAAAGAUGGGAGGUGCCGAGGGCACCAAGCUCGAUCUGGACUUUAUGGACAUGGAGAGGAAAACGGAUGUAACUGUGGAGUUGGUGGAAGAGUUGCAGGCGAAAACGAAGGAAUUCCUCCAGCCCAAUCCAACGGCACGGGCCAAAAUGGCAGCGGUAAAAGGAAUCUCUAAAUUAUCAGGUCAAGCAAAAAGUAAUACUUAUCCACAGCCCGAGGGACUCCUGGCCGACUGUAUGCUCCUGUAUGGGAAGAAGUUGGGCGAAGACAGCAUUUUUGCUCAAGCACUCAUUGAAAUGGGUGAAUCGCUCAAACAGAUGGCCGAUGUGAAAUAUUCCCUUGAUGAUAACAUCAAGCAAAACUUUCUGGAGCCACUUCAUCAUCUCCAGACGAAGGAUCUCAAGGAAGUCAUUCACCAUCGCAAAAAAUUGCAGGGACGGAGAUUGGAUUAUGACUGCAAGAGACGACGACAGGCUAAAGGUUCUCACAUUACAGACGAUGAGAUUCGAAGUGCUGAAGAGAAAUUCGCCGAAUCAUUACAUUUAGCCCAAAUGGGAAUGUUCAAUUUAUUAGAGAAUGAUGUGGAACAAGUCAGUCAACUCGUGACAUUUUCCGAAGCAUUGCUGGAUUACCAUCAACAAUGUACAGAGGUGCUAAAAUGUCUGGUUGAGACUCUACAAUGCAAGCGUGAAGAAGCCGAGGCACGUCCAAAGACGGAAUUUGUGCCAAAAACUCUGGCCGAUUUGAAUAUUGAGGGUCUAUCUAUGGAUGGCUUGAAUGGUGGGCGUCAUUUACAAAAUUCCCAUCCUGAGCUCUCCUCCUCCUCCCGAAAUCAAAAUAUGUACAGUUCACAGCAAAAUUUGUCAACAAGUCGAUCUGCUGGUGGUUCAGCUGGUGGUGCUCUUGGUAGUGAUAGUAAUUUCAGUCGAAGUAAAAUGUAUGGGUCACAGCAGAGUUUGUCUAGCAAAAGGCAAUCACAGUCAAAUGGGCAACAAAAUGCUCGAAGUAGCAGUAGUUUCAACAGUCACAACAAAAAUCCGUAUUAUGUGUCUGGAGUGGCGGAUCAAUGGUUGAAUGCGUGGGAUUUGCCAACACCACCUCAACCAGCUCCAGCUGCCAGGAGCACUGCCACCAGGAGAAAUCCAACCAGCAGAUCGAUCACAUCCUCCUCCAAUUCCUCCUCCGUCGCCACGCACAAUUCCCACUUCAACAACGAUCCUUGGUCAGCAUCCCCACUUCCUUCGCCGAUGCGAUCACCAGCAAAAGCUCCACAGCCACAACGUCCCAGUGGACCAUGCUGUUCUGCUCUGUAUGAUUUUGAGCCAGAAAAUCCAGGAGAACUCGGAUUCAAGGAAAAUGAUAUUAUCCAGUUGAUCAAUCGAGUGGAUGAGAAUUGGUAUGAGGGCAGUGUAAAUGGACGAACUGGAUAUUUUCCUCAAUCCUACGUCCAAGUUAUGGUACCCUUGCCAAACUAAGAAGCUCCAGCGAGAUUGAACAUCCGCCAGACGGGAUACUGAGUCACACAGGCGAGUAAACAGGUGAAAGGCAUAAAAAAAAACAUCAGUCUACCUUCUUAAUUUAAGAUAAAACACCUUCCGAGAUGGAUUUUUUUUUUCAAAAAUCAAUUUAUAGUUUCGAGGGAAGAAAAAUUCAUUGCAUGAACAACAUUCAGGAAAAGUCUUUUAGGACUCUUUGAGUUGUUUUUUUUGUCCGGAAGACAAACAAAAAGGCAAGUGAAAAAAAAGGAUAACAGAAACAAAAUUCCACAAGAGAUGCAUGAAAAUAAAUAUGAGAGAUAAAUUCUUUUUGAAGUGAUUUUUCCAAUUGGGAAAAUCUUCACUAGUCCGAAAUAAAAUAUUGAGGAGAUAAGAUAUAGACAAGCACUAAUAAUCUUUGCGAUGAUUAGAAGAAGAUAAAACAAAGAAAUGCAAAGUAUAACUAAUAAAUUUAAGUUAAUAUACGAGACAUUCUUUCGUAGAAAACAAAAAGAAAAACACUCAGAUUUAACUUUAUUUUUUUUCUUUUUAAUUAUUCUUGUGUCAUGAGUUUAAAGUCUCAAAGUUGUAAUUUUUACUGUUGAAUUAGUUAAAGUUUAAUUUUUUACGCCGACUUUUAUUUGUACAUAUAUUUUUAAGAAAAGCUUAUUUUGUAUAUAGAAUGAUGAUGAAAUGCGUUCGUAGUUUGACGGUAGAGAGAAACAAGAAAAAAUAUUUGACAAAAACAAAUGAAUGAGAAUAUAAGAAAAAAUGGAAUUGUGCCAUUUAAAAACCCCUUUAGUGACGCGUUACCCCAUUUAAAGUGGAAUUUUUUAACUCUAUACGGUUUUUAUUUCCCUGGUAAGAAAGCUAAUUUCUUCUAGAUUUGAAAGAAACAUUUAAAAUUAAAUUAUUUUUGAAUGACUAUUAUUCGAAAAAAAAACAAGAGAAUUAGUAAUUUAAUUUCAUAUAGAAGUAUUCACGUUAAUAAUUGCAAAAAGAAAGCGAUGAAGUAAAAGGUAAAUUUGUUAUUGUGAAAUAAUAUUUAGAUAGGGUUUAUUAAUAUAUUGUCAGAAAAAAAGAAGAAAUUGUGGAAAAAAUAAUAAUUUAUUGCAUCUCACAAAGAAGAAAAGAAGAAUUAAAAUAUUGUAAAUGGAAGACGCAUGAUAUUUUUGAGAAAAUUAAAAAAAAAGAGAAAAAAAUGGAAUGCAAUUGAAGUAUAAUUGAAUUAACUUUUUUACAAUUGCACUUCAAUUGCAGGAAGAUGUAUUUAAUUUGGUUUCGAUCACUCUUUAUUUUGAGCAGAUUUUUCAAAAUUUCUUUUAAGGACAAGCGCAGACUGAAUUCGAAAACGGCAUUUUCGAUCAUACAGUAGAGUCUCGCUAUAGGCCAUCGCUCUAUAGUCCACAAUUUAUCGACCGUUGAUUUCAAAACACUGAUUUUAAGUUAGGUUAUGUUUUUUAGUAUGCGACAUGCAUAAUUAUUUUAAUAUUUUUGGCAAACUUUAUUAAGUAGUUGUGAUAAUUAUGAUCCAGAAUGAAGAGAGCAAGGACAAGUACCACAAUCGCAAAGAAAGUCGAAGCUGUCGAGCAAUUUCAAUACUAAAAAUCGUUGAUAAUUUUAAAAAAAUUACAUGGACUAUAGUGCGACCCAAGUGUCAAAUAUGAAACCAAAUAUGGACUAUAGCGAGACUCUACUGUAGUCCUUUUUUUCAAAUUACUGGAUAAAACUGGAAUUUUUUAGAUGCUCGAAAGCUCUUUAAAAAUAAAAUUGCAAUAAAUUUCAAGAAUUCCGACGACUUAUAAUUCUAUUUAUCAACUGAAGACAAAAAUGCUACAAUAUUCCCAUUACUUGAAACUACUGGCAUUACACGGGAUCCCGGGAUUAUGCACAUUUUCGGAACCGAAAAAAAAUGAAUAAGUUUGCCAUAGAACGAAUUCCGCGCGGAGUAAAAGUAGUCAGAACAAAAAGAUUGAACGGUUCAAAAGAAAUCAAUUAAUAAAUGGUACUUUUAGACCUGUGUUCCCUAAUGGUGUCUACACACUAAAAGCAAUUUUCGUUAAAAAUUGCCUUUUUUUUAAAUUUGACGUUUCUGCCUACAGGAUAGGAGACAUUUUCUUUAAAAAACCAUUUUUAAAGAAAUUUCUACUAGUAUGUAGAGACCAUAAUAUUUUGUCAGAAUAUUCAAAAAUUUUACCUUAAUAAAAGAAAUUAAAGUUUUCUUUUGAAAAAUAAGCAUAGAGUUUUCAAAUUUACCGCGCCACAAAAUUGUAUAGGGUAAAGGCUCAUAAUUUUGGACAGUCUGCUUAUAAGCAUCGAUGUUCCAAGUUUGAAGUGCGAUAUUUUCAAUACUAAUUGAUUUUUUUGUUACUCUCUUUUGAGAAGGGUUGUUUAGAAACUUGGCAAGAGUUUAUUGUCUUUGUUUUUACUAAAAUUAAUCUUAAUGUGUUUAAAAAUUAAUUAAUAUGUAGAGAUGAAUUUGACUCGAAUUUUGGACAACUUGGUUAUUAAUUUGGACAACUUGGCUGUAAAUUUGGACAGUUAAUCCGCCUCAACAGGAUGCCCAUUGUUCUUCAUUUCAUGAACCAAUCUCACCAAAUCCUCUUUCUGUUCAUGUAAAUGUAAGGGAAACGUAGAAUGCCACAAGAAGCCCGGAAACUUUUCAUAUCAUUCAUUAAAGUGAGUUGACUUCGGCACUCCAAGUACGCUAGGAUUUGUACAUUUCCUGGCCUUUCCGGGAGCCUUUUAAGGAUUUUCUCACUACAUCUCUUUCAUAGAGAUGAUGCUCCUUUGUUUCUCCAGGCAUUUGUCCAACCUAGUCAUCACAAUAACUAAAACUUCACGAAAUUUUGUGAGAAAAACACCUGUCCAAAAUAAGGAGUAUCACCUCACUGGUGAAUGUCUUAGAAAAUUUCCCAUUUUUCACACGAAAAAUCUAAUUCACAAGGCAAAUCUCACUUCAGGACAAAUGUACAAAUCACCACUAACGUGAAUCAACACAAUAUUCAAUGAAUAUUCAAUAAUAUCACUCAAAAAAAGCGAAGAAACAUUGUUAGUACUUCAUCACAGCUAAAUAAGAUUGAAGUAAACACGAAGUUCUGUCAUAUUUCUCGUAAGCAAUUGCUCACACUGAAUUGUCAACAAAGCAAUUUUAACUCAAAUCAUAUUCAAAAUUUAACGUAUUUAGUGUUAAAAUCUUCCAAAAAUAACAAAUAUUUAGAUGGAAUUUAUUAUUCAUCAAAUAUUGGAAUAAAAAUCCAUAAUUUCAAUCAAUUUAUUUAUAGUGUCCAAUUUUAUCCUCAAAGUGUCCAAAAUAAGAAACUGGUCAAAAUUAUGAGCCUUUCCCCUAAGUCAAUUUUAUAAUUUUUUAAUAAAAAAUAUCAACAUCUUGGGAAAUAAUCGAGAUCCUGCAAAAAAAUAUAUAUCCCAAUUUAGGCCCUUGACACACUUACGACUUAAGCCGAGAGACGGCUUAGUGAAAAAUGAUAGAAUUGUGGUUUAACCAUUAUUUCCAAUAUAAUUACACUAAGCUGCCUCUCGGCUUAUCCUCAGGUCUGGCAAGGCCCUUAGUCAUGUUUGAGCUCGUUGGAAAGGUUUUGGAAUUCUUGAUAAGUCUAAAACGAUUCCAAUCGGUAAUGAAACGGUUCAUAACCGAUAACAAAUUUUUGUCCGAAACUAGAAGUAAGAGUUUGAGAAGAAAAAAAGGAAGACCGCCUGUGGGCGGUUUUAUCCGUUCAAGGGUAAAAUUUUCAAAAAUUAUCGAUUUUUUAUUUAAUUGUUUUGGUUCUGGUAAAAUAUAUUAUUGUUUUGCAAUAUAUUAAUCAUGGAAAACAAUUGAGAUUACAGGAAGACUGUUCAGAAUGAGUAAAAUGGUCGAUUUCUUCGAAUUAAGCGAAAUUGAUAAAGAAGCAGACUUCAAAAGUGAUGAUAAGUUUCCUAAUUCGUCCUUUAAUGCCCCAGAUCGUGAAAUAAAACCAGAAGAUGAGCAAUGUAUUUCAAAGGACUUUCAAAUUACACAAGAAGCUGACGUUUUCAUACCUAGCCUGCGACCUAUUAGUUUAAAAUCACUCUCAUUGAAACACCUUGAGCUUCAUUAACGUCUAAUUAUAAAAAUUAUAAACGUUUUUUUCCUAAAAAUUAUCAUUCCUUGGAUAAUCAUACAACAUUCAUCCAUAAAAAAACGUUUAAAAUUAAUUUAUUUUACUAUUUGUUCACUAUUUUUCAAUUAAAAUAUUUCAGUCUUUUUAUGCCUUAAACGGAUAUGACCGCCUGGAAGCGGUCUUUACCUUUUCUCACCUAGCGCCCAAACAGAUAGAGAUAAUGAAGAAUGGAUGGUAUUUUUGAGUUCAGUGAACCAUUAAUUACCCUAGACAAAAUUAUUUAACUACUUUUUUUGGAUAUUAAAGAAAACACCGUUAGAGGGUUAACUGUUAUUUUCACUCUAUUCUUAUGAAUCCUGUGAAUAUAUUCAGAAAAGUCAAACUAACAUUCCUGCCCUGUAAGCAUUAACAGUCCGCUUGUCCUUAUUAUACUUUUUUUUAUUCUAAAAAUCCAGAUCUUUCAAACAAUUUUCUAUGAAAAAGACUUGCGAUUUGACAAUUGACUAAGCAAAUUGCAAAUCUUAUUUAUAGUUAAAUGCAAGGAAAAGUUAUAAUUUGAAAAAAAAAACUUAUAAAAUUUGUAUAAUAAAUAUAAUAUAUACCUAAAGCAAUUAUUUUACUCAUGAAAAAGAGAGAUUUAUUUCUUUUUUUUACCCAAUAUCAAUUGAAACAAUAAUUUUUGUUUGAGAAGAAAAUAUUAAAUUGAAAGAAUAAUGUUCCCUCCCUCCGUUUAUUAAAUAGAAAAAGCAAAAGCAAAUAACCUAUCGCUAAAAUUUUCGAUAUAUAGCUUACACCAUUUAAAGAAAAAAAAACACAAUCUCUUUAAAUAUUUUGAAAAUCAUAAAAAUGUUAUUUAAUGAAUUUUCUUAAAGAAACCAUUGACAAACAUGGAUGAAUAUAAAUUUUGUGAAAAAAAAUAUCGGAAAAUCUAUUGAUACAAAAAAAUAUAUUCUUAAACACGCGCUAUUCUACAUUUAUCUCUUAUUAAAAAAAAAGAAUUAAACAUGAGAAAAAAAGGCAAAAAAUUAUUAUAUAGAUGUUGUAUUUGAUGACUUAAAGUUAUUGAAAAAAAAAAUUAAAGAAAAAAAUAUGAGAAAUGAUGAAAACUCUUUGAAAAAAAAACGUAUGAAUUUGCUAUUUAUCAUGAGAUUAAAAACAAACAAAAAAACUAUGGAUUAAAAAUCUUCUAAGUGGUUUAACUAUUGUGUAAACAUGCUGACUAAAAAAACUAAAUAGCUGCGAGAGUGUCAAUUAUGUUAUUGAUAGUGAUUUUGAUGUGAAAAAAUGUGGUUUCUUAUUUUCGUGCAAGAACAAAGAGAAAAUUCACUAUUUUUCAUAAUCUUUUCACUAUCGAAUUGCUCUAAUUGAUGGACCCAACAAGAAUGAGAGAGUGAGAAGGUAACAAAAUUGCGGAAAAAAAUAAAGCAAAACAAGAACAGAAAAGAUUCGAAUGAAAAAAAAACAACAACAAAAUGACAAUACCUAGAAUUAAUUUUAAAAUUUAAUGAUGAUUAAAAGUGAAAAAAAGAAAACAAAAAUUACUUAUAAUGAAAGUUAAUGAAUUACAUUUUAAUGAGAUAACAAACAAAAA